AUGGGAGCAAAGAGAGCUAGCUCUGUGGGGUGAGCUCUUGUCGUGCUGCUGGGAAACGGGGGAAAAACUAUCUAUUUCCAAUAAGGUUAGUAUUAUGAUUAUAUAGUCAGCUAGACAAGUGGUGCAAGGUUAUGUUAGCUAGCUAGGUUUUAGAUCCUAGCCAUUAUCCAUCUACACGGGCGUUUUAAAUCAUCUUUGGUGUACAUGGUGAUUUCAUCAACCCAAAGAAAGGACAGGUACGACCGACCAGCUAACCAGGUCAUCAGAGGUCAUCAGCGAAGCGUCCUAGCUCUGAAGUUGACAGCUUUGAUGCAGUACAGGUCCAGAGAUCCAAGAUGACAGAAGAGGUGAUUGUCAUCGCCAAGUUUGACUACCUGGCUCAGCAGGACCAGGAGUUGGACAUUAAGAAGAACGAGCGUCUGUGGCUGCUGGACGACAGUAAGUCCUGGUGGAGGGUCCGUAACGCCACCAACAAGACCGGCUUCGUCCCCUCCAACUACGUGGAGAGGAAGAACAGCGCCAGGAAGGCUUCCAUCGUCAAGAACCUCAAAGACACACUAGGCAUUGGGAAGGUGAAGCGGAAAACGGGGAUGCGUGACACGGCCUCCAACGCGGACGCUGACAUGUACUCCGACAACGGCGAGCGCCUGUACGACCUCAACCUGCCGGCGCUCGUCAAGUUCAGCUACACCGCCGAGCGGGAGGACGAGCUCUCGUUGGUCAAGGGCACCCACGUCAUCGUCAUGGAGAAGUGUAGCGAUGGCUGGUGGCGUGGGGGGUACCAGGGUUGUUCCGGGUGGUUCCCUUCCAACUACGUGACGGAGGACGCAGACGGGACAGCGGGGGGAGGAGGAGGUUUGGGGGACCCGGCGGGGUCGCUGACGGAAAAGAUAGCGACAGUAGUUCACAGUGCGUCUAACGGGAACCGGGUCCUCCACUCGGUGCAGGCGCUCUACCCUUUCAGCUCGGGGAACGACGAGGAGCUGAACUUUGAGAAGGGAGAGGUGAUGGAGGUGGUAGAGAAACCAGACAACGACCCUGAGUGGUGGAAGUGCCGUAAAGCAGAUGGACAGCUGGGACUAGUGCCUAAGAACUACGUCACUGUGCUACCUCCACAGCAGGACUCCACUACCCAGAAUGCCUCACCGGGCCCCGCGGGGCCGCCCACGCCCGACUGCGACUACAUCUCUCCGGCCACGGUGGGGCGGUUUGCGGGGAAGCAGUGGUACUAUGGCAAGGUGACGCGACAUCAGGCGGAGGUGGCUCUCAACCAGAGAGGAGCGGAGGGAGACUUCCUCAUCAGAGACUCUGAGUCAUCGCCCAGUGAUUUCUCCAUCUCUCUGAAGGCCCAGGGGAAGAACAAGCAUUUUAAGGUUCAGUUGAAGGAUGUCGUGUACUGCAUCGGCCAGAGGAAGUUCAGUUCUCUGGAGGACUUGGUGGAACACUACAAGAAGGCUCCCAUCUUCACCAGCGAGCAGGGAGACAAGCUCUACCUGGUUAAGGCCCUGGCUGCCUCUUAAAACACACACACUGACAAACACACACACACACACACACACACACACACACACACACACACACACACACACACACACACACACACACACACACACACACACAGAGACAAACGUACAGUAACAGACUUUUACACAUCACAAGGACUUCCUAUGUGCUGGGAGCUGUGAUCAUUCCAUUAGGAAAGAGGGAGGAGGAGAGACGGAUGGGAGUGGAGAGGGAGGAGGAGGAGAGAUGGAUGGGAGUGGAGAGGGAGGA